AUGAAUACGGUACGGUCGUUUUGGCUCGGCUGGGGCUCCCUAUGUGCAGCCGGCGGCAUUGCAUAUUACUUUGCCAAAAGGAGCAUCAACGCCGACCGCCAGGCCCGUCUCUCCGAACAGCGCCGCAAGAAGUCCGUCAUCGAUGCCCUCGAGAAAGAACGUCAGAACGCCAGUCCCCAGUCGGCUGCCGCCGCCCGCACGGACACUGUCGGCUCGCCCAGCCAGGAAUCCUCCAGCGCCGAUCCAGCACCCACGCGGCACGCACCGGCCACCGAGUCACAGCGCGUGCUGGAGAAGAGCAAAUAUGAGGCGAGCUCGCCGUUCCGGAGUCCCAAAGGCGACCGGUUUUCGUGA